AUGUGUUCACCCAUUUCUAAUGGUAAGGUCACCGGCAAAGUAACGAUGCCAAUACAGCUCGACCGCGCUUGCAGAUGUGACAAGGUUACCGCGAAUAACGAAAGGAAGAAGCAGUGGGUACAGGAUAAGACAUGGGAUGAACCAGUCAUCGUAUUCCUAAUGUGGCUGCGGUUUCCUGCGUUGUUUUGGGUUUCUCGAUACUGUGCAUAUAUGGGAAUGCGCAUGUGUAAAGUUGGCCGCCUCAGCUGGGUAAUUGUUUUCUCGCCUUUUUCAGCAGUGGUUGCCGGCAUCGCCGCCGCAGACCUUCCUUCCACCAGCUACGGCGUCCCCAACGGAGCCUCGGGUAACGGAUUUGGAGCCUCGGGUAAUGGAUUCGAAGCCUCGGGUAACGGAUUCGGAGCCUCGGGUAACGGAUUUGGAGCCUCGGGUAACGGAUUCGGAGCCUCGGGUAAUGGAUUUGGAGCCUCGGCUAACGGAUUCGGAGGAUCAAGCAACGGCUAUGGCUACGGGCAGGACGAAGAAAUAGUGGCUCUGUCCGAGAGCAUUCCUGGGGGCGGCGUCCCCGGCGAGGACUACCCCAUCUUGGCUUCCGUGCCCGACACCGGGUUCUCGUGCGAUGCCGUAGCGGUGCAAGGUUAUUACGCCGACACUGCAGCUGAAGCCGGCUGCCAGGUGUUCCAUAUCUGCCAGGACCGCGCCCUCAGGCGCCAACAGGACUCGUUCCUGUGCCCCAACGGUACCAUCUUCAAUCAGCAGUACCUGGUAUGUGACUGGUGGUUCAACGUGGACUGUUCUCAAGCUGAGAGCUUCUACUCCGUCAACGAACUCAUCGGAGUCGUUCCCGACGCCGGAUACGCCUAUGGCGCUGCCGUUAAUGGCAACGGCAACGGUUUUAACGGCAGAAGGAAUGGCAACGGAGCCAAUGGCAACGGAGUCAACGGUAAUGGAAGCAACGGUUAUGGUUCUAAUGGUAAUGGAAUCAACGGCAACGGUAGCGGUAGUGGCUCCAACGGUAACGGCGUUAAUGGCAACGGAAGCAACGGCAAUGGAAACGGAUCUCCCGUUGCUCCUUCCACCUCCUACGGCGCCCCCUUCUGAUCUGUCCGGCAGGAUUUUUCGUAUCUCUAUGCUGAAUUCAUUGUUCUCAAAUACAAAAAAAUAUUUAUGUACAAUAUUCAAUAAAUAUAUAAGUAAUUACUUUA